ACAGAUGCACUGUGGAGAACCGCUGAGCCAAGUGAACUCCUGCUCAAAUCGGACGAAAUUGCUGCGUUUUGUUUCAACGGCGAUCGUAAGCAGGCUUUAACACAUGGCAUAUACGAGCUUGACGAAGAGAAUAUGGUAAAGUCGCUGAGCUAUCGGUGUCAUUCUUCGAAAGAGCGCCCUGCUGUGGUUCUCGCUCUUCUUUUCCUACCGCCAUCAGUUUCAACUCGCUUUCUGUCGCUAUACUCCGUUUAUCCCAUUUCUCGGUGCACUUAUUACGGUGUUGACAGUGGCACGUUGGGUCUAAAGCUGUCACUAUUCUUCGAUGUGAUUAUGGCAACCUGCCUACCGGAGGCCGAAUUCGCCUCUAAUCACUUGGAGACCAACAAAUCGGACAGAAACUUCGAUCUACUGAAGCAGGCAAGGAGGGAAGUUUGGAAAAGGUUCCAUCUUCGCAAGUGUAGAGCAUACUGCUUACCGCUCGCUCAUUACGAAUACCUAGGGGAAAUUCCGAAUUCGGAUAUCAUCCUAUCAAAGCGAGAAGUUGUUGCUCAUCUGCAGAAAUCAAUUUUGUCACGAAUUUCUGCAAUGAUUCUAAAUGGCAGCCAGGAUUAUUCGACAGCUCUUCUAAAGACUUUGUUGGCCAUAAACUACAACUUUGUUGACGUCCAUAUUGACAUAUUAGCUGAGCUGGAGUCAUUGUGUUCGCAGAGUGUUCCACAUUGUGCUCGAGCUCUAAUGUUGACAGCUGAAUAUUUGGCAAUACGUGCUCGCGGCCGAGGAGGACUGCGGAGCGGUCCAGCUGCGAAUCCGGCAUUCACUCGCAUUUUCGAUCUGAUGAGA